UUUCAGAGGGGUGUGUGUGUAGUAGUUCCUUCAUACUGAAUCAGCUCGGACAGCCUGUGUGUGUUAGCGGUUCUCUUUCCUUGAUUUCUCUAGGUAGAAUAUUUAAAUCUUACUUUGACACAGAGAGGAGACCAUUCUUUUGCCGAUUUGGUCCUGAUCCAUCCCAGUUUUGACAAAGCUGAAAGAAUCCCCUUGGUACAAGACUCGCUUGUCAUUGGAAGUUCUACCUUUACCCACUAGAGUGCUCUUUCAUCAUUCAGUAUAUCUCAGCUACUCCAACUGAAGAGACCAUUUCUUAUUUCCUGGAUAAAGUUUUGGUGCUGCGUUUUCUUUGACGCGGUGGAUGCCACGGCACAGAUAGACACACAGGAGAAUGUCGGUGAAUCUCAGUAAAAAUGGAGCAGCGCUCACGGCCGCGUAUAAAGAAGUGGUGGAUGUGAAGUCUGAUACCAACUGGGCUCUGUUCACCUAUGAGGGGAACACCAAUGACAUCCGCCUGGCAGAGAAGGGAGACGGCGGUCUGGAGGAGAUGGUGGAGGAGUUGAGCAGUGGGAAGGUGAUGUAUGCCUUCUGUCGUGUCAAGGACCCCAACUCUGGCCUGUGUAAAUAUGUCCUCAUCAACUGGACAGGUGAAGGGGUAAAGGACUCUCGGAAAGGACAGUGCGCCAACCAUGUCAUUUCCAUGGGUAACUUCCUACGGGGUGCCCAUGUGACCAUCAAUGCACGGGGAGAGGAUGACGUGGAGCCAGAGAGCAUCAUGGGUAAAGUGGCCAAGGCGUCGGGGGCCAACUUUAACUUUCGCAAAGAGACACAGAAAUACAGCGAUGUACCCAGUGGACCUGUGGGGUCGGUGUACCAGAAGACUAACGCUGUGGAUGAGAUUCUGCAAACCAACAAGGACAACUUCUGGGCCCAAUCUCAGAGAGAUGAGGAGGUGCGUCAGAAGGAGGAGAGCAAGAGAGUGGAGGAGGAGAGGCAAAGGGUGAAAAGAGAGCGAAAAGAGAGGGAUGAAAAGGAGGCUGCAGAGAGAGAAAUGAGGGCAAAGGAGAGAACCUCUCAAAUCGACCAGACAAAGACUUACCAGAAGCAGCAGGAGUCAGGGUAUAGAGACCAGGAACAACAUCAACCGGAGCAGCAGGACAGUGAGCGUCAGAACUCUCAGAGGAUAAGACCUGCAUCUGUACAAAAUGCAAACGAGGCAGCACGUCUGAUCUCCCAGAGGUCCUUGAACCCCAGAGAGCUGUUUAUAAAGAGAGAGCAGAGUGCUUCACUGGACAACACGCCCAGCUCCAGACCUGGGAAGCUGCAGAGCCAAUUCCUGGCUCAGAAGUCCACUGAGCGAGAAACACCCAUCGAACCACGUUCCCCACAAUACCCUGCUUUUCUUCACCCAGAAGCCCCGGCUCCACUGCUCCCAAAAACACCUGCUCUGCUCUCAGAGCCCAAGGCACAGGCAGCCCCGCUCUCACCUGUCCAACCCGCAGAGUCUUCCUUCACUGAAGAGGAGUACUGGUCAGAUGAUUUUGAUGAUGAUACACAGGACACAGCACCAGAGGACGAGCCAACAGUUGCCGGCCUGGUUCAGGGUAGAGAGGGGCACAUUGGCCCAGAUGAGGUAUACGAGCUCCUGCCAUUGGCAGCAACAAAUGAGGAGGAUAACAUUUAUGAUGAUAUCUACCAGGACACACCCACAGUGCUGGAGCAGAGAAAGGAGGCCAGUGGACAGGAUGUGCAUGCCAGGGCUCUGUAUGACUACCAAGCCACUGACGACUCUGAGAUUACCUUUGAUCCUGAUGACAUCAUCACAGGGAUAGACAUGGCGGAUGAGGGUUGGUGGAGAGGCUACGGACCGGAUGGACACUACGGAAUGUUCCCGGCCAAUUACGUUGAGCUCCUGUAGUUACAAAGCCCUCCCACAUGCCUGUACAACCAAUUAGAGCAUCAGUUGGAUCAUUCUGACUGCGACCCAUGCGAACAAUACAGGGGUAGGAAGGGGGAUGUUUCCCUCUCUGCACAGAUAUUAGAUUAGGUUUAUAAGUAGAAAGUGAAGAGAAUGGGGGUGCGGGGCUUAUCAGGGAUGUCAGGGAAAGUGACUGUCACUUGAUUACUGUAUUUUAAUGUACAACAGAGCUAUUAUAUUCUUUAUGAUUGUCUGGUUUUAGUCAGGUCUCAGACUAGUAGUCUUCUAUGGGAUUAUGGGGAUGUUUGGGGUUUUAUAUGUGUCUUGAAGUUGUCAGACUUUUGCUUUUGAUCCACUUUUCAAUAAAUAAAGAUGCAUGUCCAACUGUU